CAAUUACAUACAGCCAUCCAAUAGUCGGUGUAAGUUCGGUGACUAGUCAGUGAAUUUAGUGGUUAUUCUUUUCUGUUUUUUUAAUACAAGUAAAUUUUUUUAAAUUUUUCAAGAUGAACGGUCUUCUGUUGUGUCUCGUCGUCGCCGCAAUCGCCAUCGUCACCGCCGAACCACCAAGCAGCUAUAGCCGACCAUCGUUCGGAGGAGGCCAUUCGUCCGGCGGUUUCGGGGGUUACUCUUCCGGCGGCGGCGGCGGUGGAUACUCGUCCGGCGGCGGAUUCUCGUCCGGCGGUGGAUACUCGUCCGGCGGUGGAUACUCGUCCGGCGGAUACGCUUCCGGCAGCGGCGGCUACUCGUCCGGCGGCAGUUACGUGCCAGUGGCCCCGGGACCGUCCACAAACGAAGGACAGUACGUCGACGGACAGCUCCUCGAACAGAUCAAGCAGAUCGUGCUCAGAGACGAAUCCCAAAACUCCGGAUCGUCGUUCGGCGGAUACCCGUCCUCGUCCUACGGCGCCCCGUCCUCGUCCUACGGCGCCCCGUCCUCAUCAUACGGCGCCCCGUCCUCAUCGUACGGCGCCCCGUCCUCGUCGUACGGAGUCCCGUCCCAAUCGUACUCGAGCCGCGUCGUCGGCGUCGAAUUGGAACAGGUGAGACCGGCCAUCCAAGUGGCCCAGUUCCAACAGUCCGGCGGUUACUCGUCCGGCGGCGGUGGCGGCUACUCUUCCGGCCCGUCUUCCUCGUACGGAGCUCCGUCCAGGCCGUCCUCGUCCUACGGAGUGCCGUCGUCCUCUUACUAAUAGCGGCCGGUGGUGCGCUCGGCUCGUCGCCGGCACCGGUCCGGCACGACAAACACCGCAAACCGCAGCAGACCCGCAAAAAAAUAUCAUCAUCGCAACAUAUUACGUACACACAAUCCUCCGCUCUUUCCACGCCGCCCGUACAGCUUUCAAUGUUAUUAUUAUUCUACACUCGCGAUCACUGCGAUCUUAUACCUCGUCUGACGUUGUAGUAAUCUCACACCGAAUAAACCGCGAGUGAACGAUAUACACAUAAUGUAUACGAUGUACGCGAUAGCACAACGGCAAUAAACGACGAAUCUUCGCGCGGACUUACGACGUAACAGUGUGCGAGCUUAUACAACGAAAUGUAAAUAAUAUUAUCAAUAAUUAUUAUCAUCGUCGCGGUCAACACAACGACGCCGCGGACACGGAGCCAGCGACGCGAGAGAGCACAUAUUUUUUUUCGUAAUUUUUCUGAAAUGUAUUUUUAUUUUUUUUUUAUAUUUUGUUAUAUAUAUAUAUUUUACGAUGUUUUUUUUUAUCUAUUGUUAUACGCGUGUAGUCGAAAAUUUAGCCAUAUCGCAUAUUUACAUAUAAUACGACGUAAUAUUACAAUAGUGAAUACUAGACUAAAUGUAA